CCCUCCAAACCCAAACCCUCACCCCACUUCUCGAACCUUCAUUCUCCAUUUCUUCUCCCCGACCUCGCCUCCCUUCCGCAUCCGCACGAACGAAGCGAGGAGCGGACGAACCUUACCAAAUCUUCCCGCCUCCCCUCCGAGCUGCAGCCAUGGCGACCGUCAUGCAGAAGAUCAAGGACAUCGAAGACGAGAUGGCACGGACACAGAAGAACAAAGCCACUGCUCACCAUCUUGGUCUUCUGAAGGCUAAACUCGCAAAAUUACGGCGGGAGUUGCUCACUCCGACAUCCAAAGGUGGUGGUGGUGCAGGUGAAGGAUUUGAUGUCACGAAGAGUGGAGAUGCACGUGUUGGUUUAGUUGGCUUUCCUUCUGUCGGGAAAUCAACAUUGCUGAACAAGUUGACAGGAACAUUUUCAGAGGUUGCUUCCUACGAGUUUACAACUCUAACAUGUAUUCCUGGAGUUAUCAUGUAUAAAGGGGCUAAAAUCCAGCUUCUAGAUCUUCCCGGGAUCAUUGAAGGUGCUAAAGAUGGAAAGGGUAGAGGAAGGCAGGUUAUCAGCACGGCUAGGACAUGCAAUGUUAUUUUGAUUGUUCUUGAUGCUAUAAAACCAAUAACUCACAAGCGUCUCAUUGAGAAGGAGCUCGAGGGAUUUGGCAUUAGGUUGAACAAGACACCACCCAAUUUGACCUUCAGAAAAAAGGACAAGGGUGGAAUCAACUUUACAUCAACAGUGACGAACACAAACUUGGACCUUGAGACAGUAAAAGCAAUCUGUAGUGAGUACAGGAUCCAUAAUGCUGAUGUCUCCCUCAGAUUUGAUGCAACAGCAGAUGAUCUCAUAGAUGUCAUUGAGGGAAGUAGAAUUUACAUGCCUUGCAUCUAUGUUGUUAACAAGAUAGAUCAGAUAACACUUGAAGAGCUGGAAAUCUUGGACAAACUUCCUCAUUACUGCCCGGUUAGUGCUCAUCUUGAGUGGAAUCUUGAUGGACUCCUAGAGAAGAUAUGGGAAUACUUAGAUUUGGUUAGGAUAUACACAAAACCAAAAGGGCUGAACCCAGAUUACGAGGAUCCUGUUAUCGUGUCAUCUAAGAGGAAAACAGUGGAAGACUUCUGCAACAGAAUCCACAAGGAUAUGGUGAAACAAUUUAAAUAUGCUCUGGUUUGGGGUUCCAGUGUCAAGCAUAAGCCGCAGAGAGUUGGCAAGGACCAUGAGCUUGAGGAUGAGGACGUUGUCCAGAUUAUUAAGAAAGUAUAGGUAUGUGGUGAAAAAACUGUUUUGCAAAACUGGAAGGACCAAUGAGGAUUUUGAGUAGUAGCGUCGUUAGAAGAGCUUCUAACGACGCAUCUGUUAGCUGUAAUGCUCUUAUGUUCCUGGUUCACGUAGAAUUUGAUCAAAAGACAAUGUUUUCUUUUGCCAGCUUGUCAUGUAAUUGUGAGGUUCUUCUCCCCUACUUGGUGGCAUGUGGAAAGAUGCUCUUCAUAUCUUUAGAGCAUGAUAAGAUGAUUCAUGUAUUACAAGUGUUCCUACUUUGUUAGGUGUACGUACAUUCUCUAAUGAUGGUGCUUUCAGCUAUUGUUAGCGAAGAUUCCUUAUUA